AUGAGACCCCUUACAAAUACCUAUGUCUUUGCUUGUGUGUUUGCAUCCAUGAUGUGGAAUAACAUCCAGACAACUAUGGGAAAUGAAUUUAUUGCAAAUUAUUCAGGCAGCUUGCUAACUAAUGUUCCAAAAAACAUUCCAGUACAUACUCAUGUAUUAGAUUUAUCACAUAAUAGGAUCUCUGGACUUAGUAUUUCUGAAUUUAUUUUUCUUUCUGACCUUCAAGUGUUAAAUCUUUCUUAUAAUCUAAUUGCGGAGUUUGACUUCAGUGUCUUCAUUUUUAAUGAAGAUUUAGAAUACUUAGAUUUAUCUCAUAAUAACAUUUUGAAAGUUUACUGUCAGACUCUUGCAUAUCUUAAACAUUUAGAUCUGUCUUUCAAUAAGUUUACUGCCCUGCCCAUCUGUCAGGAAUUUGGGAACAUGUUUCAUUUGGAGUACUUAGGAUUAAGUGCCACAAUGAUACGAAGGUCAGACUUUGGGUACAUCACACAUUUGCAGCUGCACACUGUCCUCCUGACCUUAGAGGACUUUGAUCUGUAUGAGCCUCAGAGUCUGACAGCCUUGAACACAAGGAGUCUCCACAUCAUUUUUGCAGCAAACCAGAACUUCACUUUUCCCCUCUUGUAUGAUGGAAUGAGCACUUCAGAAAAUUUAAAAAUAGUUAACGUAAUAUAUACUCUGAGCAACAAAGAUUUUCCUUCUCCUUCUUUCACGCUUCUGAAGAAAAUCAAGACAACAGCUCUGAUGCUUGACACUGUAGACUUACAAUGGCCUAUCAUUUUGCAGAUUUUCCUGCUAAUUUGGUAUUCGCCUGUGGAGCAUUUGAUUGUGAGAAAUUUGACUUUUCGGGGAUCAGUGAAGGUGCUAAAUGAAUAUGAAUUUCUACCCUUAUUAGACCCUCUGGAACAAUUGAUCUCUUUGGGCAACUCGAUGAAAGUGUUAACGUUGGAGCACGUUCGUAAUAAGGUUUAUUAUUUCAACCAAGAGAUUCUUUACAGGGAGUUUUCAGAGAUGAAUAUUGCCAGUUUGACAAUAUAUGAUGCAUAUAUGCCUCAUAUGCUUUGCCCCAAUAAAAAAAGCUCAUUUCAGUAUUUGAAUUUUUCUCACAAUGCUCUGACAGAUGAAUUGUUCCAGAACUGCAGCACUUUGACAGAUCUGAAAUUACUUAUUUUGAAGAGAAAUAAAUUUGAGACCCUUUCCAAAGUAAGCCUCAUGACCAGCCAUAUGAAAUCACUGAAAUACCUGGACAUGAGCUACAACUUGCUGAGUCACGAUGGAGCUGACGCGCGAUGCCCAUGGGCUGAGUCUCUGACAGAGUUGGACCUGUCCUCCAACCAGCUGUCGGAUUCCGUGUUUGAGUGCUUGCCCGUCAACGUCCAGAAAGUCAGCCUCCAAAGCAAUCAGAUCACCAGUGUCCCCAAGGGGACGGCUGAGCUGAAAUCCUUGAGAGAGCUGAACCUGGCAUCCAACAGGCUGGCCGACCUGCCGGUGUGCAGUGCCUUUUUGUCCUUGGAGUUCCUGAACGUAGAGAUGAACGCGAUCCUCAGCCCGGCUGCCGACUUCUUCCAGAGCUGCCCAGGGGUGAGGGAGCUGCAAGGCGGGCACAACCCCUUCAAGUGUUCCUGUGAGCUGCAGGACUUUAUCCGCCUGGAGCGGCGGUCUGGGGGGAAGCUGUCUGGCUGGCCAGGGGCCUACCUGUGCGAGUACCCGGAGGACUUGCGAGGGACGCAGCUGAAGGACUUCCACCUGAGCGACCUGGCUUGCAACACGGCGCUCUUGCUGGGGACGGCUCUGCUGCUGACGCUGGUGCUGGUGGCUGUCGUGGCUUUCCUGUGCAUCUACCUGGACGUGCCGUGGUACCUGCGGAUGACGUGGCAGUGGACGCAGACGAAGCGGAGAGCUUGGCACAGCCACCCCGCAGAGCAGGAGAGCGUUCUGCAGUUUCACGCUUUCGUUUCCUACAGCGAGCGCGAUUCGUUGUGGGUGAAGAACGAGCUGAUCCCAAACCUGGAGAAGGGGGAGGGCUGCGUACGGCUGUGCCAGCACGAGAGAAACUUUAUCCCCGGCAAGAGCAUUGUGGAGAACAUCAUUAACUGCAUUGAGAAGAGCUACAAGUCCAUCUUUGUGCUGUCUCCCAACUUUGUGCAGAGCGAGUGGUGUCACUACGAGCUGUACUUUGCCCAUCACAAAUUAUUCAGUGAGAAUUCCAACAGCCUGAUCCUCAUUUUACUGGAGCCAAUCCCUCCGUAUGUUAUCCCUGCCAGGUACCACAAGCUGAAGGCUCUCAUGGCAAAGCGAACCUACCUGGAGUGGCCAAAGGAGAGGAGCAAGCGUGGCCUUUUCUGGGCUAACCUGAGGGCAGCUAUUAGCAUUAACCUGCUAAUAUCCAUUGAAGGAAAUGAGGAACAGAGUGAUGCUUCUUCUGCUAGUAGUGUAAAUCAGUAUGUGAAUGACUUAGAAGUCUUACAUUAAAUUUCAUUAGUGUUCCUC